CACCAGAGAAAAGUAAAACACUGACAUAAUCCCUCCACAACCUGUUAUCAGGUGGAUCCACUACCCGGCGGUCUACAUCCCAUUACAUCACCGCGGCCCGAUCUCCCAAGAAGGAAAUUUAGCCGCCACGCGCGCCAGCAUUCCACCCCCCGAACCCAAAACAGUCACUCUUGACUUCCAAGUUCAUUCACUCUUCUCAUCCCAUUUCAGCAAUUCAUCCACCAAUCGAUAUCAUGUUUGCUUGGUACCAGAGAUGUCUCGUCCAGAGACCCAUGCUGACGCAGAGUCUCACGACGGCUACCCUCUUUGCAGUUGGUGACGGCCUCGCCCAACAAGCCGUCGAAAAGCGAGGUUUCUCGAACCAUGACGUUAUCCGAUCGGGCCGCAUGGCGUUGUAUGGUGGUGCAAUCUUCGGCCCCGUAGCCACAAAAUGGUUCCAAUUCCUACAGAACCGCAUCCAACUCUCCACUCCCGGGAGGACUCUUGCCGCGCGCGUCAGCGCCGAUCAACUCCUCUGCGCACCCACCAUGAUCGGGGUCUUUUUGACUAGUAUGUCCGUCAUGGAGGGUGUUAAGCCGCAGGAGAAGUUGAAGCGGACGUAUUGGGAUGCGUUGAAGGCCAAUUGGACCCUUUGGCCCAUGGUCCAGGCGGGGAAUCUGUGGUUGGUGCCGUUGCAGUAUCGCGUGUUGGUGGUGAAUGUGGUUAAUAUUGGGUGGAAUUGCUUUUUGAGUCUCGUGAAUAGUGAUCAUGUGCCUGAGGGGGAGGAGCAUGCACCGGGUGUUUAGUCUACGUUACGGUGGGUUGUUGUGUAUGUUAGUUACUACGAAAGAACAUGGUCAGUGUCAUGAAGAGAGGGAUAUGAUUGACUAGCGAGGAUAGAGUGCUGAGUCGUUAAUGUGGUAGCAAUGUAUUAUGGGUUG